AUAUAUAUAUAUGCAGUUUAGCCCCAAUAGAAAGUUGACUGAUAUGAAUUGGUAAAGCUGCCCAAGGCAACAUAAUAAGGCUAGGAACCCCACAGUCAAUGCCCCUGUUGACAUCAGUUAACUUGUCUGUCAAGAAGCCCUACAGGCCCAGUAAUUCUGCAAUUUUCUGCCAUCUAAUAACGCAAAGUGAACAUUUCCAUAUUUGCAAUUACCUGGACGUAUUUGAUAUUAUCCAAAUUCUUCUUUUGGUAGAUUAAAACGUGGACUAAUUUCCGUCUCACGGAGAUUGAACUGGAAGUGGACUCCGAGCGCCUGGAGCAUCACUUCUGUCGGCUUUCACCACACGGUGGCCCCCCUGUCUCUCCUUCCCGACGCUCCUCCUCGCCUCCACCGCCACCAUAAAGCUCAGCCUCCCUCCACCAACACCACCUCCGCCUCCUCCUCCUCCUCCUCCUCCUCCGCUGCCUCCCUCAGUACUUCCACUCUUCUCAUCCCGUCUCCCCUGCUCGCUCGCUCAGAGCCACAGACGCUCCUCCAGCUCUGUGCAGCGCGGCGUGCGAACAUGGUCGGCGGCUCCUGUGCUCGCAAGCUGGCCCGUCGGUCUCGGUCCGCCCUGAUCGCAGCCCUCACCGUGCUGCUGGUGCAGACCCUCAUUGUGUGGAACUUCAGCUCCCUCGACUCCGGCGAAGAGCGAGAAAACGCAGGCUCCAGCGUGCGAGAGAAGAGGGACCGGGUGGCGGGCAGCAGAGCCGCCGGCAGCGAGUAUCUCCAGCGCGGAGUCCAGCAGCAGAGGCAGCCCGGGCGGCAGCAGCAGCAGCAGCAGCAUCUUCCUCCGCCGGGGAGGGGGACGUCUCGUCACAUACAGCAGCCGGACGGGUAUUACUCCCACCGGCCGAAGGAGAAAAGCAGAGUUGACAGCAACAAUGAGAACUCGGUGCCCAAAGACUUUGAGAACAUAGAUAAUAGUAAUUUUGGUGCCCGUUCGCACCGGCAAUCUGUAGGCGCCACCAGCAGCAAGCAGCGGGAGCGUGUGCAAGGGAAGCCCCACACCCAGCAGCAGGCCUGGCACGACAGCUCCCCCAGACUGGGCCGCAGCUCCAAUGAGAUUUUGCCCAUAGGCCACCAGUCGCUAGAACUGGGAAACAAUGCCUCCUAUCCUGGUGGCCAGGGCAUCGCUGGAGGCCUACAGCAGCAGCAGCAGCAGCAGCACACUCAUGCCUCACUUGACCAGCCUGGCCAGUCCCAGCACAGACAUCAGCAUCCGCACAGGAAGCAGGCGACUACACCGACACUGGAGGUGACGUACGAUCAGCCGCCGCAAUGCGAGAUCAGCGGCAAGGAAGCCAUUUCUGCCCUGUCCAGAGCCAAGAGCAAGGAGUGCCGGCAGCAGAUCGCCGAAGUCUACUGCAGACACAAGGAGGGCCAGCUGAUGCCUGAUGCAGUAACUCGUUAUUGCCCUAUUGAAGGUAAAGCCAACGUGAACAUCCAGUGGGAUGAAGACUCUGUGGAGAGCUUUCCACUGAAACCAGUGAGAAUAGCUUUUGUUCUGGUGAUUCACGGACGAGCCUCUCGACAGUUCCAGCGUCUCUUCAAAGCCAUCUACCACACCUCUCACUUCUACUACAUUCACGUCGACCAGCGCUCCAACUACCUGCACAGGCAGGUGCAGGCCCUCGCUUCCCAGUAUCCCAACGUGAGGGUGACGCCCUGGCGCAUGGCCACCAUCUGGGGGGGAGCCAGUUUGCUGACCAUGUAUCUGCGCAGCAUGGCUGACCUGCUGGCCAUGAGGGACUGGAGCUGGGAUUUUUUCAUCAAUCUCAGCGCUGCCGACUACCCUAUCAGGAACAAUAACCAGCUGGUGGCGUUCCUAUCCAAGUUCAGAGACCUGAAUUUCAUUAAGUCCCACGGACGGGACAAUGCAAGGUUCAUCCGUAAGCAGGGUCUGGAUCGUCUCUUCUACGAAUGCGACACUCACAUGUGGAGGCUGGGCGACCGAAAAAUCCCAGAAGGCAUCUCUGUGGAUGGCGGCUCUGAUUGGUUCCUCCUCAACCGCGUGUUUGUGGAAUAUGUGAUCAACUCCAAAGACGAUCUGGUCACCAACAUGAAGCGAUUCUACGCGUACACGCUGCUGCCUGCUGAGUCGUUCUUCCACACCGUGCUGGAGAACAGCGCCCACUGCGAGAGCAUGGUGGACAACAACCUGCGCAUCACCAACUGGAACCGUAAACUGGGCUGCAAGUGUCAGUACAAGCACAUCGUGGACUGGUGCGGAUGCUCGCCCAAUGACUUCAAGCCUUCAGACUUUCACCGCUUCCAGCAAACGGUGCGGCCCACCUUCUUCGCCAGGAAGUUUGAGGCCAGCGUGAACCAGGAGAUAGUGAACCAGCUGGAUGCCUACCUGUUUGGACCGCUCCCCCAGGGGACCCUGGGACUGAACUCGUACUGGGAGAAUGUUUACGACGAGCCAGAUGGCGUCGCCAGCCUGUCGGACACGCUGCUCACGUAUUACCACUCCUUCACGCGGAUGGGCCUGGUGAGGGCUGCGGCCUCGCUUCAGGGGAACCCAAACGAUCACAGCUGCAGGUAUUUCCCAAUGGGCCACCCCGUGUCAGUGCAUCUCUACUUCCACCUGGACCAGUUCCAGGGCUACCUGGUCAAGCACCACGCCACCAACCUGGCAACAAGCAAGCUGGAGAUCAUGGAGACCUGGGUGGCACCAAAAAAGAACUUCAAGCUGACCACGCUUCCCGGCAGCACGUUCAGCCGGCUUCAGUUUGCCGAGAUUGGCACCGAGUGGGACGCUAAAGAGCGCAUGUUCAGGAACAUCGGCGGCCUGAUGGGCCCCAUGGACGAGACAGUGGCCAUGCAGAAGUGGAACAAGGGGCCAAACGUCACGGUCACCGUGGUCUGGAUCGACCCCACCAACGUCAUCGCAGCCACCUACGACAUCCUGAUCGACGCGAGCGCAGAGUUCACCCACUAUCGUCCGCCUCUCAACCAGCCGCUGCGACCCGGAGUCUGGAACGUCCGAAUCCUACACAACUGGAGCCCCGUGGCCGAGAUUCGUUUCCUUAUCGUUCCGCUGGCCUAUAACAAGCACCAGCCCAUUAGACAAGAGGACACGCUGAGGCUCCACAACGGCCCAGCGAAGAACAGCUACAUGGAGCAGAGCUUCCACGGCCUGAACCCGGUGCUCAACAUCCCCGUCAGCCUGGCCUACGUGGAGCGAGCCAAGAGGAACGCGGCCCUCACUGGGCCGGAGCUCGAGGGCUGGGUGGACGGCCUGGUGGGAGAGCUGUGGGAAGCCGCCGACAUCUGCGCCGUUGGCCUCACCGCCUGCCCCGUCAUGCAGCCCUGUGCCAAGAGCCCUUGGAGUUCCAUGAGCCCGGAUCCCAAAUCCCAACUGGGAGCGCCGCACCCUGACGGCCGCAUAAGGUAGCAGCAAGGCCUCCAGCUGGACGGGAGGCCGUGACACUGUUUGGUUUUUUUUAUUUAUUCGAGAGGCUUAUUGCAGAAGAGGGGGGUUGGGGGGGCUGAAGGAAGGGAGGAAGAGGAGAAUCUCUUCCUCUGCACCUCUGAGCAGAAGCAAAUGAAAAAAGGUGGGGUCCUUCAGCGUGCUGUGGGUAAGGCUGUCUUAAAAGCGAGGGGGAAGCAUUUCUCUGAACCUCCCACAGAGUUUAUUCCUUGAGGGGAUUUUGCUGGCUUUGCUAUUUCACUUUUCUCAGUGUAUUUAUUUUUUUUUUUCUUUUCAUGGCUGAGUUUUACUGUGAUAAAACGUUGCAAUUUUGGAGCUUUUUACUGUGCGGCCCAAUGAAUUGCGACGCCCUGCUUUUUGGGGCUGUGUGGCCAUGCGAGUCUGAACUGUCGACACUGCUGCAACGAAGCCUUAGCGGGAAGAGAUUCACCGGGAGGUAGCCGAGCACUGACACAAACCUGGCUCCCAAAGCCUCAUCAACAGAAACACUUCGACAGCAACUGACCGAUAAGCGCCCCUAAACAGAUUAGUAACAGAUUUUAUUUUCAUUUUAUUUAUUAGAUAAACACACCAGCCCUUAUAUCUAUCUAUAGGCACCCCUGGUAAGGAUACGUAAGAAGCCUUAAAAAAAAAAAAAAGCUAGCACUGCACUGUACUCCUGAUGAAAUUUUUUUCCAAUUUAAGCUUUGCUUUUCAUGCAACCUUUUUUUGUCACACUUCCAGCUGUUUUAAGCUUUUUUUAAAUUAUUAUUUAUUUAUCACUCCAUCUGUAGAUAUGAGGGUCGUCAUGAUGGUAAAGUUUCAACUCAACA